GUAUUUUUCUGAACCAAUCAUUUAAUAUUUUUAAAUAACAUUUUGAAAUCAAGAGUUCUUUGCUUUGUGAGUUUGUUUGAUCAAUAUAAUCCUGCCUAUCAUACGAAGUUAAAUUCUCAAAAAUCCUUACUCCAAAGUUGAAAAGUGAAAUACGAAAAUCGAGGAUAGGGAUGUUCUGGGGCUGGAGCGAAGUAGUAAAUCUCAUCGAAAAAUGGCAACAAUACAAUAAGGAUGAGCCUCUUCCCAAAAAUUUCAACAUCCUCCUAUUUGGACCAGGAGAUCUUCGACAUAUUCUGACGAUUCUGGCCAAGUGUUGCACCUUCCCUGAGGAUGUUAAAAUCCAAAUAUAUCUCUUGGACAGCUGUAUGGAGCAUGUUGCAAGGACUUUGCAACUCUUGACCGUGGCCCUGGAGAGUGAGAAAGUGCUUUCUCUGCGAGGGAAAACCCAUCUGUUUAUGGACAUCUUUGGGAAUAGCCACUUGAGACCUUCCUCUGUGAAUUACAUUCGUGGUCGUUCUAAAUUUCUUAUCAAAAUCGUCACGGAUUGUGAGUUUGCGAAGGAAAACUUACCUAUGGUGGAUCUGGGAAGACUUAAGUAUAGAGAAAGGGAUGAAUUGGAAGCGACUUUUAGUUUCUGGGUAAACAAUGGAAUUCCUUUUGAAAUUAAAAAGCAAUGGGAUCGGCGUUUGAGGGGACAAUUAGGAGUGAGGUAUGAUUACCGGAAGGGAGCUUUUGACUGGGAUCUGCAGAUGCAGCUGAGGGAUCGAGGAGCUGGCCAAAUCUGUCCACAGGAAUACAAUCAAUUUCGAGAGACUGGAAUAGGAUUUGUCUUUCCCGAAUUUGAACAAUCAGUUCCUAAUAAAACUCUUGCUGUAAAGGUCAAUCCCAGGAAUACCUGGGCUUACCUUGGGGACAUGUCUGUUGGUCCAUUCGUGUCAUUCGGAAUCGCUUGUGCAGAUGAAAAGAUACUAAAGUCCCAGCAUGGAGUAAAUGACUAUCGAGCUACUGAUGUUACUGAAAGGAAUCUGAGGGAGAUUUUCUUUGAGAUGCAGAAGAAGGAGAGGUAUAUUCAGUCUCCUGGAGAUUGUCAUCGAUUCGGAGCAGCUACAUUUGAAACUCGAGACAUUCUACCACUGUCUGGAGCAGAUGGAUCUUUAAGCAUUCGAGACAACUCAGAAACUCUGCUGAAUUUCAAAAAUAUCUCCCUGACAUUUCUCUCUCCGGAAGAUAUAGCAAGAACCUUGGAGCAAAAUGAAUUCCAUGAGAUUUUCUCAGUAAUUUUCAUUGGAAACAAUUUCUUCUCAGUCUUCUCUGAAAGAUUCUUGCAAACCCUCACCCCAAAUGGAAUAAUUGGUUUUGAAACGAGACGAUAUACAACCUUCCGGAAAGACAAAGUAAUCGAAUACACUGGACAAAUCAAAGAUUUUUCCAACAAAGCCUCCCUCAAAUCACUAAGUUCUUCAUCAAUCAAUCAACAAUAUUCUAUAUUAUUUUAUAAAAAAGAAUAAGCAAGAAUUAUAAUAAAAGGAUUAAGAAGUU